AUGCCUCCGAAGGCAAGAGCUGCUAAGGCUGCUAAGCUUGCCAAGAUGGUCCCUGCUGCUGCUGCGGUUACGCUUGCGACUCCAACCGCAGGUCCUUCGUCAAAGCCGAUCUCGGCUUCUGCCGUCCCGUCUAAGUCGGCGCGUACGCUUUUUGCAGAAGAUGACACGGAGUCUCUGACAUUGUCGGCUAAGCUGGCCGCCAUCAGGAUUGAGCAAGCUGCUGGUGGGAAGCAAGAUAAUGGCAAAGGGAAGGAUGCUGAUUUUAAGGAUGCUGUGUCAGACGCGGAGGAGGAUCACUCUGCAGAGGAAGAAGAAGGUGUCGAAUCUGGUGCUGCUCGGCGCACCUGCUUCCUUGAUGAUGAUGAUGAUGGCCUCAUGGCGCAUGACCCGAUGGAAUGUUUUGAGGAGAAAGCGAAGGAGGAGCUGGCGGCGAAGCUGCGCUUUCCGCUCACCCUCUUGAUUCCCAGCGAUCGUCUGCAAGAGUGUGUGGACGGGAAGUAUAUCUUCCUGGAUUGGUUGUAUCUAGAAGACCCGAGCUAUACCAGGAGGAAGAUCACUGACCCGCUGGUUAUCGAGGUUCUCUUCCUGGGCGUUGCUGCGGAGAUUUCUCCGGAGAUGCUUCACGAAGCGCUUGCGGUCUCCCCGCUGAAGAUCUGCAAGCGCCCGGCCUUCAAGUCUGGCUUCUGCUUCCAUCGGGUGGUGCACCCUGUCUCGGGGUUGGACACGGAUCGGCGUCAUCGGGGGGGGCUGGCGAAGCAGGGUGCGGCGACGCGUGUGCUCAAGGCCAAUCUGAGUCUCCGCGUGCUGCGCAAGGAGUAUGGGAUCUAG